CGACAACAGAGAUAAAUAAGCUCUCUGCUCUGCUGCAUAUUUUUUUCUUAGCUUUUUUUUUUUGAACUGAAACUUCCUUGUUAUGGAGAAAACGGUAGAUCCGCAUCCGGUGGGUUUCAGAUUCCGACCGACCGAUGAGGAGAUCGUCGACCAUUACCUAAGGUCGAAAAAUAUGGAUGGUAACACGAGUCAUGUCGAUGAAGUCAUUAGCACAGUGGACAUCUGUAGCUUCGAUCCCUGGGAGUUAGCUUCCCAUUCGAUUACGACAAGGAAGGAGACGGACUAUGUUUGGUAUUUCUACGGUCGUAAAGACAACAGAGGAGAGAGACAGAGCAGGAAAACCAAGUCUGGUUUUUGGAAGAAAACCGGUAAUACGAUGGAUAUCUUCCGAAAGAGAGGGAACCACGAGCAGAUUGGUGAGAAAAGGGUUUUGGUGUUUCACUACAGUGGUAAGAUUCUUGGUGGGCCGAAACCCAAAUCAGAAUGGGUUAUGCAUGAGUACGUCGCUACGUUCUUGUCUCCUACUCCGACGGCGAUGGUGACAUAUACAGUGUGUAAAGUAAUGUUUAAGGGUGAUACCAGUGAUUUACCUUCGACUUCUGCUUCUGCUGGUGGUUGUGAAGUUGAGCAUAGUCGCACUCUUAUCACUCCUAUGAACAAUCUUGGUGGAGGGCUGAGUUCAGAGGCAGAGGAAUCUUCGUCUGAAUUACAGGAUCCACGUCAGUUUAGUGGUUUUCUUCAUUUGGAGGAAGAAACUCAGAUCGAGGAUGCCAUACGCAGGGCUAUCAACAACCUUUCACCUCAUGAUUUGAACUCUUUGCUCAAUAAUGAUUAUGAUGAUGAUGAACAGGGGAAAACUCAAGAGUAAGCAAUUCUCUCGAACCGAUAAUGAUACAUCUGAGAAGAAGAAUAAGAACCUAUGAUGAUGCACAAGGAAGUAAGAUCGGAGUCAGAAGAACUGGUUUCAUUCACAUGAUGAUACAAAGAUUCGUCAACAAAAUCAAACUAUGUUCUUUGAUCUCGAGAACAUGAUACCAUUAAAAUGGAUCGAUCAAGAGUACCUUUUACAGUUUCCAAGUAUGAGUUAUGUCUUAUUUUAACAUUUACACACAAAAAAAAAAAGUUAUGUCUUACUCCCUCUGAUUUUUAAAGAUACAUAUUCUAAACUUUUCACAUAUAUUAAGAAAUCAUAUUAAAAAUGCAUUGAUUUUUGUGAAUAACAAUUUUCCAUAACUUUUAACCAAUAAAAAUCCAAUAAA